AUGAACAAUAACUUCAUUCAUAUAUACAAAAAUAUUAAAUUCUUUUAGGGAUUUGCUAAAAAUUCUGCCAGUUUAUUUAAGAGCCUUAUAGUUUUUUGCUACUAAGUUCUAUAAAUCUGCAAUGACUUCUUGAAAAUUAUAUAUUCAUUCUUAAUACAAAUAAUGGAUAUAUAAAUGGAAUUAACAAUGUAAUAAGAAUUCUUAUAAGAUCUAGAAUAAUUUAAGGAAUAAUUGGAAAUUGAAUAAACAAAUGUGUGGAAUACAGGAAUAAAGUAUGAAAAAUUUUUACUAGAAUUAUGUUAAUGGAUUUUCAGACAAAUUCAGAAGAAGGAUAAAUCUGCUAAAUAAAUAUUGUAAAAAAUUAGCACAAUCAGCUUUGUAAAUGUCAUCCACAGAAGACUUAAUCCCAAGCCUUCUUGUAGGAACUAAACUCCUUUUUUCCAAUAAAAAGAUAAAGUAUUAUAUCCUGGAGAGUCGUACGCUAUUUAUUAUUUAUUCCAAACUCUUAAAUAGCCUAUUGUGAGGCAAUUAAAAUCUUAAUAUACUUAAAUUCAAUAACUUAAAGAUGCAUCUUAAUUAUAUAUUAUAAAUUCAGACAAUUUGAUCAUUUAUUAUAAUUGGAUAUCAAUGAUAGUAGAUUUAUUAAUAUAUAGACCGAUUCUUGAUAAAUUUGGAAUUUUUAAAAUACUCCAAUUAAUAAUAAUCAAAUGGAACUAUUUAAUUGAAAAUAACUUAAUUCUUACUCUCCCUUAUCAUAGAAACCAAGCAUGUAGUAUUUCAAAAUCAAGUAAAAUAUUUUAGCAAAGAAAUAAAUACUUUAAUGUGAUUUCUAAUAAAUGA